AAACGACUUAAAUAAGGGAAGUCGGGUGUCCGUGGUUCCAGAGGUCGAGAGCACUUCGCCCAGUUUCUCUUUACAUGGCUUUCUGCGUAGGCAAUGGUACUGCCGGUGGUUUAUGCAGCAGCUACUUAACUAGCCGCAACCUCUCAUUUCACCGUCAGACCAUUCUUUUCUCAAACCCUUCUUCUUCAUCUUCUUUUUCUAAGGGAAGGAGUGCUCACAUCACAUGUGCCAGAAAAUUUUCCUCUCGGACUGGGCGGUUCGAUAGCAAGAACAAGAGGAGUGGUGGAGCGACCACAACCACGACCAAGGAGGAAGAAGAAGAAGAAGAAGCAGAACAGGAAGGAGAGGAAAUUGACAAAGGUAUUGAAGAUGGUAGCACGGUCGACGUCGAUGAUGGGUAUUUCUUGCCAGAGCUUCCGGGUGAUAAGCCAGAUUUCUGGGAGGGACCUAAAUGGGAUGCCCUUGGGUUUUUUGUUCAGUAUAUGUGGGCUUUCGGCAUCGGCUUUGCUUUAAUUGCAUGUGGUAUUGCUGUGGCCACUUACAAUGAGGGGGCGACCGAUUUCAAGCAGACUCCCGUGUACAAGGAGUCAAUCCAAUCUCGAGAACUGCUGGAAGAACCAGAGGCAUCCAACUCAGAUGUUUUCGAGGCCAAUCCAACGGAGGAGGCACCAAGUUUGGAAUAGCACUUUAAAAUUAUAUCCAUGUGUGAGGCCUUUACAUCAGAUCUUCAUAUGGUUUGAAGUGGAAAUAUUUCUGUGGAACAUAUUAUCCUCUAAUUCCUAUAGUAUUAACUUUAUUUAUACACUUUUUUUCACCUCUUGCUUCUUACUUUAUAUGUAUUUUGUCAGUUGAUUCUGAAUCAGCAGUACAGUUUGCAAGCAGAUCAGUGAAGAAUACAUAGGUUUCAAUCUUGGCCUACUUGUUUUGUAUAUCUUUCUCAUUCGCGACCUGCAAUUUAAAUGGUUCCAAAAUGAUUGAUAUAUUGUGCCAGAAAUUCUUAUUUGAUGAAUUAUCCUAAUAAUCAUAACAUUUUACCUUUUUGCACCA